CCCGACAAUUCAUAUGUAUCUCACCUCUCCCUUCGCAAAACCCUAGUCUUUCUUCGUUCGAAUCUCUUCUACAGCAAAAAAUCCAUCUGGAGCAAGAGACAGCGAAAGCUUGAUACAUGGCUUCGAGAUCGAAGAGCGAUAACCCCCACACAGGCGAUGGAGCCAGUCCUGGGAAGAUCUUCAUCGGAGGAUUAGCAAAAGAUACGACCUACGCUACUUUCAACAAGCACUUUGGAAAUUAUGGGGAGAUCACUGACUCUGUGAUAAUGAAGGAUCGCUAUACAGGGCAGCCAAGGGGUUUUGGAUUUGUCACCUAUGCUGACCCAUCAGUUGUUGACAAGGUUAUUGAAGAUAAUCACAUCAUCAAUGGAAAACAGGUUGAGAUCAAAAGAACCAUUCCUAAAGGAUCUGGACAAUCAAAGGAUUUCAAAACGAAGAAAAUAUUUGUUGGGGGUGUGCCAUCAUCAGUCAGUGAAGAUGAGUUCAAGAAUUUCUUCUCCAAGUAUGGAGAAGUUGUUGAACACCAGAUUAUUCGUGAUCAUGAGACCAACCGUUCCCGAGGUUUUGGAUUUAUAGUGUUUGACAGUGAGGAAGUUGUUGAUGAAAUUUUAUCCAAUGGAAAUAUGAUUGACAUGGCUGGUACCCAGGUGGAGAUCAAGAAAGCAGAACCAAAGAAAGCCUCAAACCCACCACCUGCUCCUGCAUAUGGUAGCAACUCUAGGGCUCGUUCUUUUGAUGGUGGCUUUGCUGGAUAUGGCAGCUCAUAUGGUUAUGAUGGUGGCUUCGUUCCUGGCCCUUAUAGGACUCCUGGAGGUCUUGGUGGUAGGUUUGGUGCUUAUGGUGGGUAUGGUAGUGGUGGAAGUGAAUUUGGCAGUUAUGGAGGUUUUGGCAGCAGUAGCUUAGGAGGUUACCGAGGUGGAUCUUCCCUUGGCUAUUCUAGUCGCUUUGGCCCCUAUGGUGGUGGGUUCAGUGGGGGCUAUGGUGGCAGUGGUUUAGGUGGGUAUGGCCGAGGUGAAGGUUAUGGUAGUUAUGGAGGUUCAAGCUAUGAUGGUUACGACUCCGGUUCUGGUUCUAGUUAUGGAGGAGCAGGUGGGCUGUAUGGAAGGGGAGGCUAUAGUGGUAGUAGCCGCUAUCAUCCUUAUGCAAGGUAGAAAGACAACCCUUCCCAAGAAGUUCUGAUUAAGCUUUGCAAAUAGAAGUUUCUCACAGGAUUUCGCAGUUUCCUCUUAGUGUACUGCAUUUCUCUCUCGUGGACUGAUAGGUGCCUUUUGCGCAGUUACUAGAGCUACUAUUUCAACCAUGGAAGUUAUUUAAAACAAGAAGAAAUAUGUCUUCUAUAAUGUAUGUCUUAGAUGAACCUUAAUAGAACUUUCAUAUUAGUAUUUGGUGUCUGCUUCUGGUGUUCUAGAUUAUCUUAUCAUUAGUUUGUUUCUAGACUAUAGCAUCUUGUUUUGGAGCUUGCUACAUUUGCCUCUAGUUUUAUUUGGAUUAGAUGUGUGAUUAAUAUGUUUAGAUUUUGUGCU